GAGGUGAGACCGGCCUGGCCCGUAAAGUAACACGGGCAACCCAACCCACCACCUACGUCGUCGUCUCCGCCGCCUUGCUCUAUCCAUCCGUCGGCGAUGCAGGCCGCCGUCGCCUUGAGCCAGAGCCAGGCGUCCCUUCUCGUCCGGCGGCUCCCAAGGCCUUACCACUACGCCGGCGGGCCGGACCCGGAUGAUGGCGUGCUGCUGCUAGCACGACGAGGCGUGUCGCUCCCGCUCCCGCGGCUGCGGCUGCGGCGCGCCUGUUGCUCCGCGAGCCUACCCGUCGGUACCGGCGCCGGCAGUGAGCAUGUCCCUGUAUUCCCAAGACAAAAAACAUGGGAUCCUUACAAGCUUCUUGGUGUUGACCAUGAUGCAUCUGAAGAAGAGAUCAAUAGUGCAAGAAACUUCCUCCUUCAACAAUACGCUGGGUAUGAAGAAAACGAAGAGGCAAUUGAAGGUGCCUAUGAUAAGAUAAUGAUGAAGAGCUACUCACACCGUAAGAAGUCCAAAAUCAACCUGAAAAGGAAAUUAAUUAAGCAAGUGGAAGAAUCCCCAUCAUGGGUUAAGUCACUGCUUGGACACUUUGAAGUGCCAUCGAUGGAUGUUGUGUCAAAAAGAUUUGCUCUUUUUGGAUUUAUUGCUGGGUGGAGCAUCGCAACUUCUGCUGAGACUGGACCUACCUUCCAGCUUGCACUGGCACUCGUGUCAUGCAUAUACUUUCUCAACGACAAGAUGAAAAACCUUGCCAGGGCGUCUGCCACAGGGCUUGGACUCUUUGCGGGUGGCUGGAUAGUAGGUUCGCUGGUAGUCCCAGUGAUCCCGGCAUUUAUUUUCCCGCGUACUUGGUGUCUGGAGCUCCUUACUUCGCUGGUCGCUUAUGUAUUUCUAUUCUUGGGUUGCACUCUCGUCAAGUGAAAUCUGUGACACUUGAAACCGUUGUUGUUUCUGCGAGAUUUUCUGUUGCCGACGUUGUAACUCCCUUUUGACCCGUGGGUAUAGAAGAUGACCUUUUGACAAGCCGAAACUUGGCCCACUAUUGUUCAGAUCCCAUGAGGUGUUGUUGUUAUCUCUAGUCUAAGCGAGCUUAUAUUGAUCAGUAUUGUAUUGUAUUGUAUUGUAUUGUUUUGUAGGCAGUUUCUGCAAGCUGCUGCUAGUUCUAGAGUGCUUGGGCAUGCUACCGUUGUAACUAUAAUAAACAGCUGCAGAUGUGCUUAUCGCUUGUUUGUGCUUGUGAUUUCACGGGCGGGCA